AUGAGCCCAACCGAGGAUUCAUACACGUUUUUCCAAAUCCUGAAGGGCAGCGCCCUUUUCCUUUUGGUGUUAUGGACGGUCUUCGCCAAUUCUUUGGUGUUCAUUGUACUAUAUAAAAACCCGCGACUUCAAACUGUUCCCAAUUUAUUGGUCGGAAAUCUUGCCUUUUCGGAUUUGGCACUCGGACUCUUCGUUCUUCCGCUUUCAUCGGUUUAUGCAAUAGCUGGAGAAUGGGUAUUUCCCGAUGCGCUAUGCGAAGUUUUCGUUUCUGCUGACAUUUUGUGUUCUACCGCUUCAAUUUGGAACCUUUCGAUUGUUGGACUGGAUCGUUAUUGGGCUAUUACGAGUCCUGUAGCUUAUAUGAGUAAAAGGAACAAACGAACUGCUGGAAUUAUGAUAUUAUCGGUUUGGAUUUCUAGUGCUUUGAUUUCUCUUGCACCACUUCUCGGCUGGAAACAGACAGCCCACACUCCUAAUUUAAUUUAUGAGCGGAACCAAACUGUUCGUCAGUGCACCUUCCUAGACUUGCCAAGCUAUACGAUAUAUUCGGCAACUGGAUCAUUCUUCAUUCCGACGAUAUUGAUGUUCUUCGUUUACUUCAAAAUUUAUCAAGCGUUCGCGAAACAUCGCGCGCGCCAAAUUUAUCGACAGAAGGUUUGUUGGGAGAAAUUGAAAAGUAUUAAAAAAGUUAUCCGAAAACACAUCGAAUCCACAAUUUUACAUGAAAUUAGUCACGUUCUACCAACCUCUGAUGAGUUUGCAAAAGAAGAAGAUGAAGAAGAUUGCGAAAGCAGUGGACAAGUUGAAAAUGGAAUUGGAAAUGGCAACAAUGCCAUCAUUGAGGAAGAUGAGGAAGACGAUGAGUCUGAUGAGAAAAGAGAUGAUGUCACUUCCAUGACUACUGUAACUGCUACAGUGUCCGGACCAACAGACGCUCCCUAUGUAAAACGAGAGGCAAAGGUCUCAAAGUUAUUUCCUGCUACUAUGGAAAACCCACCCAGAGCUCAAAAGCGAGAAGCGAAACCGAUGAGAAGUGUUAUGGCAAUAAGUUAUGAAAAAGUGAAACGUCAUAAAAAUAGGAAAGAGAGAAUUUAUCGGAAGAGCCUUCAACGAAAGCCCAAAGCGAUUUCAGCAGCAAAAGAGAGAAGAGGUGUCAAAGUGUUGGGCAUCAUCCUCGGUUGCUUCACAAUCUGCUGGGCUCCGUUUUUCGCCAUGUACGUUCUUGUUCAAUUUUGUAAGGAGUGCAGUCCAAAUGCGCAUAUUGAAAUGUUCAUCACCUGGCUUGGCUACAGUAAUUCGGCUAUGAACCCCAUUAUUUACACGGUAUUCAACAGAGAUUAUCAAAUCGCCCUUAAGAGGUUAUUCACAUCCGAUAAGAAAUCUAUUCCAACGCGCGCUGUCUAA